UACGCAAAGCAAGCGCGCCGACGGCGCAUGUUCCAGAUAACAAAAUGGAUGCUCGUUUUGAAGAGAGAUUGUGUGAGGAGAUCCGCCGUUACCCACAUUUAUAUAAUUCGUCUUUGACAAAAUACAAAGACAGCCGAACGGCGUUGAACUCCUGGCGAGAAAUCGCGCAAACGCUUGGGAGAGAUGAAGAUGCAUGCCGUCAAAAGUGGAAAUAUCUGCGAGACAGAUAUGUGAAGGCCAAGAGAAAGUUGAAAGGCAGGAGCGGCGGUGCAGGCGGGAGAGACGACAUACCUCCCAUUAUUUCCAUGUUAGAUUGGCUCUCUGGCUUCAUCAAGCAUCGUGCCACGGAGAGGAACGCCACACCGACGCCGACCCUCAAUUGUAGUAUGAAUGGAACCGCGUACGCGUCCGGUACAAGUCCGCUGCUGUCCGCGGACGCGGAACGCGGAAAUGCAGCGAUGCAGUCUGUGGAGUCUCUCCUGCACAGUGGCUACUUCCACCCCACGCUCCGAUACUGGCAAACCAGCGCUGCCGACCUGCGCCCCGAAAACCUCAUCUACCCCAUCUUCAUCACUGACAGUCCUGAUGCAAUCGAACCCAUUGUCAGUCUCCCUGGACAGGCCAGAUAUGGGGUGAAUAAAGUGGAGGAAAUGCUGCGCCCCCUUGUGGAAAAAGGCCUGAAGUGCGUUCUGAUUUUUGGUGUACCAGCUAAAAUUGCAAAGGAUGAGCGUGGCUCGGGUGCGGACAGGGACGACACCCCCGCUGUGCUGGCGGUGAAGAAGCUGAGAUCCUGCUUCCCUGACUUGCUGUUGGCCUGUGACGUCUGCCUGUGUCCCUACACCUCACACGGUCACUGCGGAAUACUGAGCGAUGAUGGAACGCUGGACAACGCGGCGAGCUGCAUGCGCCUGGCGGAGGUCGCGCUGGCGUACGCUCAAGCAGGCUGCCACAUCAUUGCGCCGUCGGACAUGAUGGACGGGCGGAUCGGUGCCAUUAAAGAGGCCCUGUUGUCCAACGGGCUGGGGAAUAAGGUGUCUGUGUUAAGCUACAGUGCCAAGUUUGCCUCCUGUUACUAUGGUCCCUUCAGGGACGCAGCCCAGUCCAAGCCAGCUUUUGGGGACCGCCGGUGCUACCAGCUACCACCUGGAGCCAGGGGUCUGGCACUGAGAGCAGUGGAGCGGGAUGUAAGAGAAGGGGCGGACAUUCUGAUGGUGAAGCCAGGACUGCCUUACCUGGACAUAGUGAGGGAGGUGAAAAACAAGCACCCGAACCACCCGCUGGCCGUGUACAACGUGUCCGGGGAGUUCGCCAUGCUGUGGCACGGGGCCCAGGCCGGGGCCUUCGUCCUGCGCACCGCCGUGCUGGAGUCCAUGACCGCCUUCCGCCGUGCGGGUGCUGACAUCAUCAUCACCUACUACACACCUCAGCUCCUCACCUGGCUGAAGGAGUAGCUCCCAGACAGAUGGAAGGACACACAGCCUGUCCGAGUCGCACAAGCCUGGAACAUCAAGUGUCAAUCCAAUCAUCAUUACGGGUGGACAAUCAAAUAAGCUGCAAACAAUAAGCCAUAGAAAUAAGAUCUCUUCUUUCCUAUUGGUUGGAUUCUGGGUUUACAAAAAUUCUAACCACUUUAAUUGGCAUUUGUGUGUACCAAAGCAAUUACUGUUCGCUGCGUCACACUAAAUGAAACAGUUUGGUCAAAAUCCAUACCGUUCCACUUUCUGUGAAUGGCAAGGUAGGAGAGAACUUUUUUAAAAUGGCAAUCUAUGCCUGUGGCUUCUUGUGUGGCACAGUCUUCUGUCUGACAUGUUUAUAGGGCAUUUCUGUUAACAAUACUGGCACUGUGGCAAAGGGAGAAAGGUGGUUGUGGAUUACCUGGUUCUAGUUUUUCUCCCUUUGUCAAUGUUGCAUCAGCUUAAGCAUUUAGAAGCUGUUUGAUAAAGCACAGGUAAAAGAGUUGGUAAACCACUUCUUCAGAGUACAUAACUGAGUUCUUUCAUAGCAAGAUCUGCUAGAAAAUAUUUUUAUGUUUUAAGAAAAAUACUUUUUUUAUCAAAAUAAAAUCAUGAUUCAGUGAAAUGAAAUAAAUAUACGAUUGAGUUAA